AUGACUAGUUUGGAGACUAGUCUAGUGCAGUCAGGACUUCAGCCUGCGCCUGCAGCACCUGAGCCCUUGGGGGCCGAGCAUGACUCGGAGCCGGAAGAGUCCCAGGCGGGGUAUGAUCUAAUGGACGUGGAUCUUGAGGCCCCAGAAGACGAGCUUGAAGAAGAACUGGAGGACAUACCCGAGGACGAGCCAUGGUACGAGCCAGAGUAUGUCCCAGAGUACGAUCCCGAGUUUGUGCCGGAGGACGAGUCAGAUGAUGAGCCAGUCGAGGAGGAGCGAGUCGAGGUUCCAGCGGAGUUGGGUGAUAUUAAUAACCCAAUUGAGAUCGAGGCUGAGUCGGAGUCCUCAAAGGAGCCGACAGUUCAGAGGGACUCAGAUUCAGAGGCCGAGGAGUCAGAUUCUGAGUGGACACCAAGCAGAGGGCAUAGGAGUUAG